CACACUUCCACAGCCUCAGUCCCCGCUCUCUCCUUUUUGGCUCCUUCUCCAUGUGAUCGUUCACGUUCACCUCAACACCACCUUUAUCAAUCUCUCCAAUCACUUCUUCUUCUUCUUCUUCUUCUCCAAUCUCUCUGAUAUUUCUCUUCCACUUCCAAAACUCUCUUGUACUUUCCUCAAAAUAUCUCAUAUUCUCUUUUAUAUUCCCUUAUUUUCUAGCUUAAUCAUGUCGCUCUGAGGACUCUCAAGCCCUCAGAAAAUCGCUUUCGCUAACAGACAAUUGAAGAGGCUCUGCUUGCCUAGCCAUGGCGAAACCGAACCGCGAAGCCUCCAAGAUUCCGGCGGCGGCGAAUCCGCUGGCGGAGGAACCGACGAAGAUUGCGUCCAACAUCAAUUACCACGCGAAUUUCAGCCCUCACUUCUCGCCGUUCAAGUUCGAGUCGGAGCAAGCCUACUACGCCACCGCCGAGAGCGUCCGUGACCGUCUGAUCCAGAAUUGGAACGAGACGUACGUGCAUUUCCACAGGAAGAAUCCGAAGCAGACUUACUACUUGUCCAUGGAGUAUCUUCAAGGACGCGCCUUGACCAAUGCCAUUGGCAACUUGAACGUUCAGGGUGCCUAUGCUGAAGCUUUGAACAAGUUGGGCCACGACCUCGAGAACAUAACCGAGCAGGAAAAAGAUGCUGCACUUGGAAAUGGUGGACUAGGAAGGCUUGCUUCGUGCUUUCUAGACUCCAUGGCAACGUUAAAUUUACCGGCUUGGGGGUAUGGUUUGAGGUACAGAUACGGUUUGUUCAAGCAACGGAUUGCCAAGGAUGGCCAAGAAGAAACUGCUGAGGAUUGGCUAGAGAAAUUUAGUCCGUGGGAAGUAGUUAGGCAUGAUGUUGUAUACCCGGUCAGAUUCUUUGGUCGUGUUCAUGUUAAUCCUGAUGGAUCGCGAAAGUGGGUUGAGGGAGAGGUUCUGCGAGCUCUGGCUUAUGAUGUUCCGAUUCCGGGAUACAAAACCAAGAACACUAUUAGUCUUCGUCUAUGGGACGCCAAAGCAUGUUCCGAGGAUUUUAACCUCUUUCAAUUUAAUGAUGGUCAAUACGAAUCUGCUGCUCAGCUUCAUUCUCGAGCUCAACAGAUUUGUGCUGUUUUAUAUCCUGGAGAUGCUACAGAAGAAGGGAAACUCUUACGGCUGAAGCAACAAUUCUUCCUCUGCAGUGCAUCGCUUCAGGAUAUUAUUUUCAGAUUCAAGGAGAGGAAACAAGGGGCGGAAUUGAAAUGGUCCGAGUUUCCAACCAAGGUUGCUGUCCAAAUGAAUGACACCCAUCCUACACUUGCAAUUCCAGAGCUAAUGCGAUUGCUUUUGGACGAGGAAGGACUUGGGUGGGAUGAAGCAUGGGACGUGACAUCAAGGACUGUUGCUUAUACUAAUCACACAGUUCUUCCGGAAGCACUUGAGAAAUGGUCACAGACAGUCAUGUGGAAGCUUCUUCCUCGCCAUAUGGAAAUCAUACAAGAAAUUGACAAAAGGUUCAUUGAAAUGGUGCGUGCUACACGGAAAGAUCUUCAGAAUAAAAUUCCCACCAUGUGUGUCCUGGAUAACAAUCCCCAAAAGCCUGUUGUGAGAAUGGCUAAUUUAUGUGUGGUGUCUGCACAUACGGUUAAUGGUGUUGCCGAGUUGCAUAGUGAUAUUUUGAAGAACGAGUUAUUUGCAGACUAUGUCUCUAUAUGGCCUUCCAAGUUCCAAAACAAGACCAAUGGUAUUACCCCUCGGCGGUGGCUGAAGUUUUGCAGUCCGGAGCUCAGUAAUAUAAUCACCAAAUGGUUAAAAACAGAUGAAUGGGCAACCAACCUGGACCUACUUGUUGGUCUUCGAAAGUUAGCUGAUGAUGCAAAAUUACAAGAGGAAUGGGCGUCAGCCAAGAUGGCUAAUAAGAAGCGUUUGGCACAGUACAUAGAGCAUGUGACAGGUGUCGAGAUUGACCCUAACAGUCUUUUUGACAUACAAGUGAAGCGGAUUCAUGAGUAUAAAAGACAGUUGCUUAAUAUUCUGGGUGCAAUUUACAGAUAUAAGAAGCUAAAGGAGAUGAGCCCUGAAGAGCGGAAGAAAGCAACUCCACGCACAGUCAUGAUUGGAGGAAAAGCAUUUGCAACAUAUACAAAUGCGAAAAGAAUAGUGAAGCUGGUGAAUGAUGUAGGUGAUGUGGUGAACACUGAUCCUGAGGUCAAUAGCUAUUUGAAGGUUGUUUUUGUCCCAAAUUACAAUGUAUCUGUGGCUGAGCUACUUAUCCCAGGAAGUGAGCUAUCGCAACAUAUCAGCACUGCAGGCAUGGAGGCAAGUGGCACAAGCAACAUGAAGUUCGCUCUGAACGGUUGCCUCAUAAUAGGAACACUGGAUGGAGCUAAUGUUGAAAUCCGUGAGGAAGUUGGACAGGCAAACUUUUUCCUUUUCGGUGCAACAGCAGAUGAAGUCCCUAAGCUCCGGAAAGAUAGAGAGAAUGGACUGUUCAAACCAGAUCCUAGGUUCGAAGAAGCCAAGAAGUUUAUUAGGAGUGGAGCAUUUGGGAGCUACGACUACAAUCCACUUCUUGACUCUUUGGAGGGAAACAGCGGUUUCGGUCGUGCUGAUUAUUUUCUUGUUGGCCAUGACUUUGCAGGCUAUUUAGAUGCGCAAGCAAGAGUUGAUGAGGCUUACAAGGAUAAGAAGAAGUGGCUUAAGUCGUCCAUAUUGAGCACUGCAGGGUCCGGCAAGUUCAGCAGCGACCGAACAAUUGCUCAGUAUGCCAAGGAAAUCUGGAAGAUAGAGGAGUGCCGUGUACCAUAGUUAAAACCCACGAUGCUGAUUUCAAUCAAUCAUAAUCUUGGCACAAGAUGAAGGUUACCGUAAAGAAUAAAACAACCAAAAGAAUUUGCAGCCAUCAUAUCUAAAUUUCAGUAUUUAUUUUGUUGAUUCAAUCAUGUCUACAUAAAACAAUUUGGUUCAUAAAUGAAUAAAAUUCUGCCAACUUGUGCAAAAUAUGAAGUAUAGCUAAAAGUAGUUAAUUUGCUAUUGGUGUGUACCAUCUC